GCCUUUGUCACAGGCAGCGGGGACGACAUGUGCCUAUGACCAUGGAGAUGAAGGACUCGGGCAGCGUGGUCCUGACAGCUUACCAUCCCCACAGCCCGGCCAGGAUCCCGGGCAUGGAGCAGAGCUUUGUGCAGGACAUCCCCCCCAGCCGUUCGCCCACCAGCAGAAAGUCUCUCCCUCGUUGUCGAAGAAUUAACAGGAUGCUUUCCAAUGAGUCAGCACCUCCUCCUGCAUUCAGUCGCUCCAACUCACAAGCCUCCAUGGACAGUACCUCCAUGGAGGACUUCUGGUGCGAAGUGGAGAGCAUCAAGGAGAGCAGUGAAGAUGGAUCUGAAGAAGCAACGCUCUUGGAGUUCAAACCUGCUGAUGAAGGGGAGCUGGAGGCAGAAUGGCUGCAAGAUGUAGGUUUAUCUACGUUGAUCUCGGGAGCUGAAGAGGAGGACGGCCAAGCCCUGCUGUCCACUCUGACCCGAACUCAAGCUGCCGCCGUACAGAAGAGGUACAACACCUACACUCAGACCCUGAGGAAGAAGAACAAGCACACAGUCCGGGAUGUGCGAGACAUCUUUGGCACCAAUGACUCUUCUCCCACAUUUGAGACAGUUCCAGUGUCACCAGUUCCUUCUAAUGGUAUCCAGCUUCCUGGGCAGAAGCCAGUUUGGAAAUCAGUUAGCUCUAAUAGCUGUCUAGACUGCGGACUAGAUAAAGGCAGCCCAUGUGUAACAGAAGACCUCUCCUAUGAGGUCUCUUUCUCAGAAUCCAUUACAGUCCUUCCAAAAACCCAAGAAUGGCCGAAAAACCAGAGGUUCAAAAAGGAAGACUCUGCUUUGCCUAAAUUCAUUGUUCGGAAAAGCCGGUUUGGACUGACAGAGGUUGGAGACCUCUCUCCUGAAGACAUGAAGAAGAUCCGCUACCUCUCCCUGAUUGAGCUGACGGCCUUCUACGAUGCACUGGGGGUGGAGCUGAAGAGGAACCGCGCAGAGAGGGUCCGGGGACGAGAAAAUGGUCUGUUUGGAGUCCCUCUCACCAUACUGCUGGAGAAUGAUCAAAAGAAGGUUCCUGGAAUAAAAGUUCCUCUCAUAUUCCAAAAACUGCUGCUCAAGCUUGAGGAAACAGGUUUAGAAACCGAAGGAAUUCUACGAGUGCCUGGAUCUGCCUCCAGAGUCAAGAAUCUCCAUCAAGAACUUGAGGCAAAAUUUUAUGAAGACGCUUUUGACUGGGACCAAGUACGAAAUAAUGAUGCAGCAGGACUGCUCAAAAUGUUUAUAAGAGAACUCCCAAGCCCACUCUUCACAGUAGAAUAUCUGCCUGCUUUCAUCACGCUAGUGGAAAAAAUCUCCAAGAUCAAGUUACAGCUACAAGCUUUGCAUCUGUUGAUCAUGCUGCUGCCUGAAGCCAACAGAGACACAGCCAAGGCCUUUCUUCAGUUCCUGAAGAAGGUGGUUGCUAAUGAAGGGAAAAAUAAAAUGAAUUUGUGGAAUGUUUCUAUGAUUGUUGCACCAAACCUCUUCAUCUACAAAGGGAAACGCGCAAACCAACAAGAAAUGCAAGCAGCCGCCACCACAGCGCACAUUGUGCGGCUUUUAAUUCGGUACCAGGACAUCCUUUGGACAGUCCCAUCCUUCCUGAUUUCCCAAGUAAGAAAAAUGAAUGAGGCAGCAAUGAACAACAGCAAGAGGCAGCUGAUGUUUGACAAAGGAGUGAGAAAACUUCUGAGGAGAAAGACCAUGGAACGGGAGAGACCUGAAAGACCAGAGGGAGCUGUCACUUUUCCUCCAUACCUGCAGUCUGACAUACCCGAGGGGGUGAUAAGAGUUUAUGCUCCACUGCAUUCAAAAGUCUCUAUGGCAAUUCAACUCAACAGCCAAACAAAAGCCAAAGACAUCCUGGCUCGAUUCCACUGUGAAAACAGCCGCAGUUCGUCACAGAACAUGAGAGGCCAGAUCCAAAGUUUACAUGAAAUUGGAGGAAAUAUAGGUCAGCACUGUUUGGAUCCGGAUGCAUACAUGUUAGAUGUUUACCGUGCAAAUCCUCAGGCAGAAUGGGUGAUAAAACCAAAAGCAAGCUGA